GCGAGGAGCGAGGAGAGCGCGGCGCCCGGCGCUGGCACAGCGUCUCGGACGCGGACGGCUGGCGUGAGGACCAAGCCAUGGCGCGUCCUCCAAACCCGCGAACACUGCCGCCCGCGCUCCUGCUCCUGAUGCUGGUAUCUCUGCGGCUCCGAGCCGACCCCCUUCCUACUGAGGGCCGGCUGAUGAACAACUGUAUCCAGGCCAGGAGGAAGUGCCAGGUUGAUCCUGUUUGCAGUGCUGCCUACCACCACCUGAAUUCCUGCACCUCUAGUGUAAGCACCCCAUUACCCGCACAGGAGCUUUUGGUCCCUGAGGAGUGCAGGGAGGCAGCACAGCACCUGAGGAAUAGCUCUCUGAUGAGCUGCACAUGCCACCGCCGCAUGAAGAACCAAGUUGCCUGCCUGGACGUCUACUGGACAGUUCACCUUGCCCGCAGCCUUGGUGACUUUGAACUGGAUGUUUCCCCCUAUGAAGACACAGUGACCAGAAAACCCUGGAAAAUGGAUCUCAGCAAACUGAACAUGCUCAAACCAGACUCAGACCUCUGCCUCAAAUUCGCCAUGCUGUGCACUCUUAAUGACAAGUGUGACCGGCUGCGCAAGGCCUAUGGGGAGGCGUGCUCGGGGUCCCGCUGCCAACGCCCCACCUGCCUCCGGCAGCUCCGCGCCUUCUUUGAGAAGGCGUCGGAGCCCCACUCUCAGGGCCUGCUGCUGUGCCCGUGCGCACCGGCCGACCAGGGCUGUGGGCAACGCAGGCGCAACACCAUCGCUCCCAGCUGCGCGCUGCCGUCCGGGGCCCCCAACUGCUUGGAGCUGCGGCGCGUCUGCAUCUCUGACCCGCUGUGCAGAUCUCGCCUGGUGGAUUUUCAAACCCACUGCCAUCCUCUGGACAUCUUAGGGACCUGUGCAACAGAACAUUCCAGAUGUCUGCGAGCAUACAUGGGGCUGAUUGGGACUGCCAUGACUCCCAACUUUGUCAGCAAUGUCAACACCAGUGUUGCCUUAAGUUGCACUUGCCGAGGCAGUGGCAACCUGCAGGAUGAGUGCGAGCAGCUGGAAGAGUCCUUCUCCCACAACCCCUGCCUUAUGGAGGCCAUUGCAGCUAAGAUGCGUUUUCACAGCCAACUCUUCUCUCAGGACUGGGAAGACUCCACCUUUCCCGUGAUGGAACGUCAGAACAAAAACCCUGCUCUGAGACCACAACCCUGGGUGUCCUCUCUUUUCUUCUGUAUGCUUCCCUUGAUUCUGUUCCUGAGCCUCUGGUAACUGGACUUCCUCUGGGCCCCUCUGCCCUCUACCACACCCAGCCUGACCUGCAGCCUGCAAGGGCUAAGGAAAGAGCAGCAUCAGGAAGGAGGUGCAGUAAACAACAUGGCGACCCUGACUGCACACUCAUAUCCAGCUGACUCCAGAUGGGGCCGUAGUAGAAACUGACUGAGUUCUCAAUCCCUCUGCUUCUGACUCAGGUUGCCGUUCCUUAGGACUUGGUGGCCAUGGUUUAGUCCUAUCUUCUGGUGGAGAUCACCUCUACAAAGCUCUCUCCUAAUCCCUUCCUUCUGCCCACCAGAAUCACCUAGGCUCUAGCCAAUCAGUCAUUCUCUAUUGCAUUCUCCAGGUAGGCAGGGCUGGAUGUUCUGAUGGGGACCUAGAAAGACAUUCCCCAUGGUGAGGAAGGCUGGGGCAAGACUCCUACCCCUUUGUCAGCAGGAGAUGAGAACCUGCUGCCUACCCUUCCUGGGGAUCCUGCAGAGCAUUUGAGCAUCAGGAGCCAGACCAUUUGGGUCUGGCUUUCUUCCUGCUCCUGUCCCAAAGUAUUCCCAGCCACUUGCAUCAUGAUUAAAUAUUUGUCUUAAAGACUUUGCUCUUUUCCUACUUUCUCACAUUGUGAAUUUAUACAGAAUUAAGGGUGUUGCGGACACAAGAGUAGAGGCCAAGUGA